UUUUCGACUUCUCGCUUUGCUUUUGUUCAAAUAUGAGUAUCGAAUUAUCUCCCAAAACAUGGGAAAAGUCCCCAGAAUCAUGGCAGAAACCGUCAAGUAGGAUAAAGCUUAAGGUCAAAAAGAGAAAGGCAUCUAAAAGCUCUUGUCCUUCAGAUAUUUUAGUGAAACCCUCGAGUGAUCAACAAUAUGGCGGAGGUAGGGCGAAGCGAAGUAAUCCAUUUACCUGUGUCACUGAAGCUAAAAGAAGGCCUUCAWAUACAACUACCAGCUCUGAUAACAGGCUUUUUAAGGCUUUGGAUAAUCAAACGAAUGAUUACCAGUGUUUURAUGAUAUAAAGUGUGACGKUAAAGAAGAAAUUGUUGAAAGAAAGUCAAUGAACGUUGUUGAAGAGGAGUCCUCUAAAACAGAUCACACUAGUACAACACAACAAGAAUGCCCCUUCUUUCCACUCGAUUGGAGCUUAAAGACUAAAGUCAGGUUCACAUCAUCUGUCUCAUUCAACUGGGCUAGCUCACUAAAAAGUGCUGAUAUGGCUGAUUCYGUCACAAACUUUGUCCGUUGUCAAAAUGUCGACAUAUUUUCUGGCUCUUCUCUUCUAAAUUGUGCAAGCAAAGUUUGGAUUCACCCUUCACUUCCAUGGCUACAACUAUACCCAAGACAAUCCACCAUAAAGAAGUGCGACGAAGCUAUUGCUAAAUCUUUACAGAGUGAUUGGGUGUCUAGUUUUCACUCGUUAUUCAAUCUCUUACGUUGUGGUCAUUGUCCAUAUUUCUAUCUAUGUACUGGCCAGUGUUGUAUGUUGUUUAUAGCACCCAGUGGCGAUAAAGAGAUGGUUGCUGUAAUAACACCCACCACGAAAGGUUUUCGAGACGCUUUAGAAAGAGAAGGCAUUGAAUUCUCCCUUCCCCAUAGCAAAGCAGCAGAUUCUACUAUAUCUGACUCUGAGGACGAACAUGAUGAGAAAGAAAAUGAAUCAGAUCAUGAAGAUUGGUUGGAAAGUGUUGGUCUAGACAAGGAUCAAUUCCCAUCUAUUGACAAAUACACAAAACAACAACAAACUCAGAUACGAAAUAAAGACCAGCAGCCAACCUCUACUGUCAUGGUAAUGGGAGCCAGUACUCUGGCUUUGUCUAAUUUUAUAUUGAACUGGAAAAGUGUCAUGUCAGGAAUACCWCCAACGCUUCUUGCACCUGUUGCAUUUGAGGGGGCAACACUUAAAUCACAUAAGAUCAGCCAAGGAAUUGUGAAACACCAACAUGAUAAAAACAUGAAGCAGGUAUUCAGUCUAGAAAUCAAUGGUGCCAUACUACCAGGUUGUUUGCAGCGUGUAUGCCAGUUAAUCCAGGAAAAACAUGAUGGAGGUUUUACUGCUGUAUUAACACCAUAUCAGUGUACAAUCCCUCUGAACGUCACAGUAGAUCAUSACUUAUCUAAACUAACCAAGGCUGGACUCACAGAUACAGAACUGGAGUAUUUUUCAACAACAAACCAGCAGCUAGAUAAGACAUGCUUGAAAGACAUCAAGUGUACCAAUGGUUUAUACAGUUGGACCUGAUACAAAAUAGAAAUUUAAAUUUCAAUGAACUGUUAAACAGUUCCUGUAACUGCAUCAUUUUCCAAGUUCACUUACACAUCAAGUACAUGGAAGAAUCAGGGCUUAGCCAYGAAUGUUUAGAGGAUUGUACACAAAAACAGAAAUUGGACAUUUUAAACUAAUAUUUCCACUGAAAUACUGGCCACAAAUAAGACUUCCAAAAAGCUAGAAYCAGAAGAACAAAAAAGAUUUGGUGGUUGAAGUCAUUUCGUUUUAAUUCAAUYAAACAAGUUGUUGCUUGAAGCCAACAAAUCACGCUCAAAAUAGGUUGGUUCUUGUCUAAUUUGUCAUAUUUUUAUGGCUUUUUAGUACAUCACCCUAGCAUCUAUACUGGUUCUCCUCUAAGCAGACCUUGUACUUGUGUGGGGGUGUGAGGGUUGUCAUAUUGUAUUAUAUCCACCUAAAAAAUUAACAUUACAAUACAUUUAAGACYAAAACAAUAUAAUACAAUACUAUGCAUAAAUUUGGCAAAGUAUUAGACAAGUUUGGGGGUGUAUGCACCUCCAUUGGCUCCAGCUCUGUCAUUCUACAUAACACUUGUCCUGUUCUAGUUAGCAGUAUACGUCACAGCGUCACACAGGCCACACAUGGGAAUGAUUGUAUAUAAAGUUUAAACAUGAAUAAGUUUAAAAAGAGACACCUGUUUGAUGUUUUUAACUUCAUGCGAGUCAACUAUGAUUAUUUAAAAAUCUGACUCAUCAAAAUGUCUGGGUGAGCUCUUUCAUUUUCUUUCUAAAAUGUUAGAAACAAAUACUAAUAAGAUCUCUGAUAUAAACCCCUAUUGAUCAUAAGCAG